AUGGCGAUCGUCGCGGGUUGCCUUGUAUUCUCGAGAAACAAAAGCAAUCGCACAGUCUUGCAAGGAAACCUCGCGGAUAAGGUGACAGCGAAGUUCCUCACACAAUUCCAACAAUCUAAACUGAAGCAAGAUCUGGAAACUGAGAGAACAGCUGCAAAGGUUUUCUCCAGAUUCGGUGGAUCCUUCCAUGAUGGAGUUGGGACAAACACUUGGAAAGGAACGCCAUGGGCCAAGUAUGAUGACAAAGAUACCCGCACAGAGAGCUUGAAGUACACAUCUGGUGAUAAACACCUGGCUAAGCUGAGAGCUCGGAGGGGGACCACGAUGAUGCUUCACCAAGAGAAGGGAAAUGGCUUCAACAUUCCCGCAGCACAAGCUCUACAAUCGUUGCAUGAAAGCAAUUUAGCACGUGGGUGGAAGGAUGUUGACAUUACAACGGAGAGUAUGAAGCAGCUGUAUCGAUCGAUAGACAAGCAGCUGGAGCCUUUAGCAGAGGCUUAUCCUCAUCUACGAGCCAUCAGGCAUUAA